CUCGUCAACGUCGCACGUGUGAUGGGGCUCGAUGUUGACCCAGAUCUUACGCCUGGUAAAUAUGGCCUGUAUGAAAGCGAGGCGCGUCGGCGGGCAUGGUGGGAUGUUUGGUGGUGGGAUGCAUAUACGUCCACUCUAUCUUCACGUGCUCCCCUCAUCCCUUUGCACGCGUUCAGCACUCGCCUACCACUUGACGUUGACGAGGAAGUAUUUACCUUUGCGUGUACGUCUGCACCUCUCCUAAGCCCGACGGGCAAAGAGGGCGUGGGAAGGUGGUUUGGGAUGAGAGUAAGACUCGCACAGCUCGUAAAAGACAUCAACUCUCGCACCUCCUUGUUAUCCUCCCUCGAACACCCCUCAGUCCUAUUAUCCAUCGAGCACGCUUCCCAAUGCGAAACUGAGAUCAAACAAUGGCUAUCAGACCUCCCGCCCGCAUUUCGGAUGGAGAGCGAGGGGAUAGGCGAGGAGUCUUGCAUGACGCCUCACCAUUCCAUGGCGCUGUCAUCCAACGCAAGUCAUGGUGGCACACCACCGACGCUCCUGGCUCAGCGUCUUGACAUAUUGAUGACGACACAUAGACUGGCUAUGGGGUUGUACCUCCCGUCUUUACGUCCCCAUUCGUCUUCGUCAUCUCAAUCUGACUCCCACUCUAACGCGAGACAUGAAGCUAGCCCGCAGACACAUCAAGCACGUGUAGGCGCGCUCACAGCGGCCCAUGGACUGCUCAGAGCUGCGAGAUAUUUUGUCGAGCUUGCCUGUGCGCGGCCUGAUUUGGUGCGGAGGAAGGAUGGGCUUGGGUUGAGUCUUUGUUGUGGUCUUGUCUGUGAUGUUCAGUCAGGUAUACGAUUUGCGUCCCGUUUCGCUUCAGUUUUCUGA